UUCAAACUUGGUCAGAAGUAGACCUAUGUGAGAAUUAGGGAAAGGCAUUCACAUAAAUUGUAUUUGCUAGGUUAAAAUAAUAUUUGUCUAUUACUUGGGAUUUAAGUUUUCUGGGGAAUUAUUUUUCACUUGUUAUUAUUGCUUUUUUGAUUUAGAGUAAAGAACUUAGUUGUAUCUAGUAUUUUUGUCACGUGGGAACUUGUCUUUUAACAAUGCCUGCUGCUAAACUCCCUCAUAAAGGGAUAGACAUCAAUGAGUUGAUAGGGGAGGGGGUGAGGUUACUUAAGGAAGGUGACUUGUUAGAUCAAGACAUGAAAACAAAAAUGGUGAAGGCUUACAAGAGUAUGGAUAGGCACAUUCCAGUGCCUUACACUCAAAUAUCAGCACCGAAGGAAACCAAAAAAUCUCAGAACAGAUGGAUUAUUGUCACAGCUCUGAUCGCAACCUACGGAUUUUUGAAAAACAUUUCACCAGAAAGUCCUUACUUAGCUGAGUUCUUCGUCGGUCCAAAGUUCAAUUUCACAGUGACACAGGUGACGCAAGACAUUUACCCUGUGUCCGUGUAUGGAAGCGUGGUACAAACAUCAGUGGUUCUACUGGUCACUGACAUCCUCAGGUACAAACCCAUCAUCGUCUGUGGUGCCCUUGGGUUUGUUCUGCACAAAUCUCUGCUUGUAUUUGGAGUUACAUUGCUAGAUAUGCAACUAAAUCAAUUCUUUUUCGCUACAACCAAAGCCUGCAGUUUAGCGUACAAAACAUACAUCUACAAUAAAGUAGAUCGGGAGCACUACCAGAUUGUGACUGCAGUAAUCAGGAUCGCACCGAAGGCUGGAACACUCUUCUCCGCCGUCCUCGCUCAGGUGGCACUUUCCUUCUUCUACUGCAAGAUUGAAGAUCUCAAUAAAAUAUCUUUAGUCGCGUCUGUAAUGGCAUUAAUAUGUGCUAUUUUACUACCCUCAAUGAAGCAAGGUGUGUAUGCUAAAGAAAGCAAAUCCAACCCAGAGAGUGGAAUUACAGAAAAAGAGAAAACUUACAGCUACGCAGUGUGGUUAUUGCUCCAGGACUUCAAGGAAGCCUACACAAACCCUUAUGUUGUGAAAUGGUGCAUCUGGUGGAUUCUGGCUACCGGAGGAUUCCAACAAGUGACUGAUUACUAUAUCCAAGUUCUAUGGUCAGAAAUCAAUCAUGGAAGUCAGAAUAAGUACAACGGAGGGGUGGAAGCUGUGAAUACCAUCGUUAGUGGCAUUUCUUGCUAUUUAAUCGGAAGUAUUCAAAUAGACUGGAGAUUCAGAGGUGAACUGGUUCUUGGAAUCUGCACAUUGUUCAAGGGAAUGUUUCUGCUAUUUAACGCCACCACAUCAUCCAUCAUCGUCUCAUAUUGUAUAUACGUCGCUUUCUGUAUGCUGUUUGACAUUAUGAGCGUAGUUGCCAAUGCCGAAGUUGCUAAGCACCUGAAGAAUGAAAGUUUUGCUCUCAUAUUUGGCACCAACACAUUCUUGGGUCUCGUGUGGCAAUCCCUUCUCACUUACAUUCUGACCAAUAAGCACAUGUUUGCUUUGCCAAUCAGAGAACAGUUUGUCUGCGUCUCGUGUGGUUUUAUGGCUUUGGGUCUCGGCUAUACUCUCAAAGGUAUCUACAAGUACUUCUUCAGUAAUAAAGAAGUCCACAUUCAAAAAGUAAACGAAAUAACACCAAUUUGCACAACGAUAAAAGUGUCUCAGAAGAACCAAACAAUCCACUGACACAAGCUUUGUCCAGUGAAGAAAUAAAAAGGGAAUCUAUCUUGUGAUCAAAGGCAUAGCUGCGUUCUAAGAACAUUAAUGAACUGUCAGGGUAAUA